AUGUUCCGGGAGCUGCUUUUCACUCUCCUGUGUGGGUUUGCAGCAGCUUCCCUGAAGCCAGCUUUGGACCGACACUGGCAGCUGUGGAAGCAGCUGCACAAGAAAGAGUAUCCCGCUCAGAUCGAAGAGUUCGCCCGGAGGCAAAUUUGGGAAGAAAACCUGGAAAUGAUCAAAGUGCACAACUUGGAGGCGACAUUGGGCCUGCACUCUUUUGAGCUGGCGAUGAACCAUUUUGGAGAUUUGAUGGUUGAGGAAGUCCUGAGCACUCAGACUGGCACCAAGGUUCCCCCUGACUUGAAGAGGAAGCCUGUCAGCUUGAAAGAGGACGUUCCUGUGCCAUCAUUUGUGGACUGGAGGAAGAAAGGAUUGGUUUCGAAGGUCAAAUCUCAGGGUUCUUGCGGCUCCUGCUAUGCCUUCAGUGCAGUUGGAGCUCUGGAGGGGCAGCUGAAGAAGACCACAGGUGUCCUGGUGCCCUUGAGUCCACAAAACUUGGUGGACUGUUCGAGCGCAUUCGGAAACAAUGGCUGUAACGGAGGAUUCAUGACGAAUGCGUUUGAGUAUGUUAUCCAGAACCAGGGUAUCGACUCAGACAAGGCGUACCCCUACGUUGCCAGACAUGGGCGGUGCCGAUACAAGCCCAAGUAUUGUGCUGCCAACUGUUCCGACUACGCCGUCCUGCCUAAGGGGGACGAGCACAUUCUGAAAAUGGCAGUCGCCGAAAUCGGUCCCAUCUCUGUGGCCAUUGACGCAUCAAAGCACAAAUUUCACUUUUAUCGUAGAGGGGUGUACAGGGACCACACUUGCACUCACAGGGUCAACCACGGCGUGCUGGUCGUGGGCUACGGCACAGAGAGAGGAGAGGAUUACUGGCUGGUGAAAAACAGUUGGGGCACAAAGUAUGGAGAAAAGGGUUACGUCAGGAUGGCUCGCAACCACAACGACCAGUGUGGCAUCGCCUUGUACGGCUGCUUCCCCAUCAUGUGAUCAAGAAUACUUUUUAG